AUGGUGCAGCUUUACAACUUGCACCCGUUCGGGUCGCAGCGAGUAGUGCCCUGCAAGCAAGAGCCGGCGCACUUCUGCUGCGGCCGCGAUGUGCUGUUCGUGGCCAGCACGGCGGCCAGCUGCAGGGUAGAGGUCUUCGCCGUGCGCGACCAGGGCCUCUGUGAGCCUCUGGGCUCCUUCGCCACACUGGGUCCCGUGCUGCGCAUGGCGCACAGCCAGGCAGGAGACUAUCUGGUGACAAUUGAAGAAAAAAGCAAAGCAACUUUCCUAAGGGCAUAUAUGAACUGGAGAUGCAUGUCUGCAGGGAGCUCUCGUGUUUGUGUUCGGAUGGUUGGUCACAAGAUGGAAGAGUCAUACAGUGAAACCUUAAAAGAACAGAUGUCAAUUGUGGAAAUGCCACUUUCAGAUCCUCCGCUGUGCAUCUCCUGUUGCCCUGUAAGUGGAGACCUUCUUGUGGGCUGCAAAAAUAAGCUAGUCAUGUUCUGUUUGAAAUACCUGGUCAUGAACCAGAAUUUGACUGUGUUAGACUUCGAACGCUCCUUAAUUUUACACAUGGAUAAUGUUACUCCUGCUGAAGUUGCAUUUUGUGCCAGACAUAUAGCCGUAACAACAGAGCUGGAUGUUCUCAUCCUGAAACUGGAACUGGUCCAGCAAAGUGCAGAGGGGACAGAGCAGUGUGCACUAGAAAAGCCUGUGGAUGGAGGUCUAAAAGAUGAAGGUCCUUCAAAAGAUAACUUGCAGCUUGAAUUAGAUGAGUUCAUCAUAUGCCAGAAGCCAGUGGAAUUGCUUGGGGAAGAGUGUAAGCUGUGUGAGAUACCCAUCACACUGGAGUCCACAGAGUUACCUACUGAAGACACAAAGCACUUCCAAGUGCAGUAUCUGCUUUUCAGACAUUUUACACCUGACCAGUCGCCUUUUGGGUUCUGUGAGGAGACAAAGUUGCACUCUGUUCAGCUGCUCCCUGUGUACCAGACAGGAAGUUCUGUGACAGCCCAUGAGGAAACUGAGAACAAGAGAGAACUGCUGAGUCUCUUCUGCUUUUUCUCUUUACCUCAUGUUGGAUAUCUCUACUCUGUUGGAAAUGUAGUAGAACUGAUUUCAACUUACCAAUAUUCAGAGAAGUCAGAGCAGGCAGUUCUCACUCCACAGUUCCUGCAUGUCAUUACAAGUGAGAACCUACAGUGCUUCACAGUGCGGUGCAGUGCAGCAGCAGCUCGUGAUGAGGAUCCAUAUAUUGAUACAACUGUGAAGGCUUGCCCACCUGUCACACUGGAUGUCUGCACAUUAAGAAUGCAGCUUUUUAUAGGACCAAGAGCCAUCUGCCACUUCAAGAACCAUAUAAUUCUUUUCACUAAGGCAGUCACAGAAGAUAUUACUGAAAGAAGAAAGCCUACAAGGAGGAUGCUUUCCAGGAAGGCUGACAGCAUCAAAUCCAGAACAAAUUCUGAGUCAGAGCCUGGCUGGAAUUUAUAUAUUAUAAACACUGUUUCAACAAUUCAGCUUUACAGAGAAAUGGUAGACUACAGCAGGACUUAUGAAAACGUCAAAACUAAGAGUUGCAUCCAUCUGCUAAGUGAAGCUCACUUACUGGUCAGAGCAGCUCUCAUGGACCCUUGUUUCCUUAACUCAGAUGAGAAAGAAGAACUUCUGACAGCGUUCAGAGAAAGUUGUGCCUUCCUAGGAGACUGCUACAGCAGGUUUGACACAAAGGAUUACCACCUUGCUUUGCCAUACUACAGAAUGUCAGGUUUAUCCAUGGCUGAAGUUUUGAAGAGGCUGGUUUCAGAAGGUGAUGAAAUGCAGACCUACGAGAGAGGAUUUGUAUUUUACUUAACUCACUCUCUUAAUGAAGACUUAAAUGAAGAAUUAAGUAAGGAAUCAGCAAAUAAAGUUCUCCAGAUAUUCCAUCUUGCUGAUCCUGUGCAGCUGCCUCAUAUCCUCUGCAGCACCUGCAUGAGAAAUGUGUCCCCUUUGACAGCUGUGAAUUAUCUUCAGAAAAUAGAAAAGACUAUGCCAUCAGUGGUUCUGACACUUACUAAGGCUUUCAUGGCUCUGAAAAUGGGAGACCUGGUGAUGUAUGAACAUGAGAUGGACUCCUACAAGGAGACAGUGCUGGCCUGUGGCUUCGCCGGGCAGCCGAAGCUCCUGAUGCAGCGUAAGGAAGGAGUUGUUACACCAACAGAGUUUGCUGUUCACCUGAAGGAGGUGCAGCCUGGUUUACUGGUGGCUGCCACUGUGGCUUUACAUGAGAACAGCAAAAUUGAACUGGAAGAAGCAGAUACCUUCUUCAAGAUACUGUGUAGUAACAGUGAAAACACUGUUCCUCAGCUCUUGAUGGAUUUUUGGGAAGCUCUUCUUGUAGUAUGCUCUCAGGAAGAAGUACUUCAGGAGCUUUUAUUGAGGGUUACUUCUCAGUAUGUUUGGAGAAUAUCGAAGCAGCAACUUCCUGAGACUAAGCCAUUGAAAACAGCAGAGGAUCUGAUAAACUCCUGUAAACAUUAUGGACUGAUUUUCCCAUGGAUAACUUCCAUAAUGUCAGUGGGAUCUCCAUCUGAUAAAGAUUACCAUGAAGAUAUCUCAAAACUACAGUCUCUUUUGUGUAGUCAGUCAAUCGAUAUAGCUUCAGCUCUGCCUCUCUUGGAGCCUCUGUCAGAGGCAGGCAGCAUCGGCCUGGCCGUCCGUGUUCUCUGCAGCACUCGCCUAGGCCAGCACGAGCAGGCCCUUGACCAGCUUCUCAGAGGGAGCCCUGCUGCAGCUGUGCUGUACGCUCAGCAUGAGCUGAAAGACGAGAGGAGGGCCAUGUGGUGGAACAAGCUGCUUCCUGAACUUUGCAAGAAAGCCAGACUCCUUGGAACUGAUUGCCCCGUUCUUAUCUCAGCACUGAAAGAAACUUUAUCAGUUGUUGCAACAGAACUUGAAUUAAGGGAUUUCCUCAGCCUUCUACCAGAGGAUGGAGCUGCAGCAUUUUUCCUGCCACAUCUUCUUCACUGCAGUCAGAGAAAGCUGCUCACCUGAACCAACAGUUGGGCUCCACUUAGGUCAUUUUGCAUCCAAGACAUUGCCUUGAAUUACAGCUGGCCAGGCUGCUCUGCCCUGUUAAUUACACACCCACACAAGUCUUACACUGAAAAUCUUUCCAUGUAGCAAUCCAAAAUGAAAAGGCCAUAAAUGAAAGAGAAAUGCAAGUGUCCCAAGGGGAACAGAAGAUGGAGACUGCUGCUUGCUUGAUUUUGUUUUCUUUUUUCUCCUGUUGCAUUCAGGCAAUGUUGUGAGUAUUCGAAGUAUC